GGGAUGGUGGUGGUCAAGAUGGCGGCGGAGCUUGUGGAGGCUAAAAAUAUGGUGAUGAGUUUUAGAGUCUCAGAUCUUCAGAUGCUCCUGGGUUUUGUUGGACGAAGUAAGAGUGGACUUAAACAUGAGCUUAUCACCAGGGCUCUGCAUCUAGUUCAGUUUGAAUGCAGUCCUGAAGUCUUCAAGAAAAUUAAGGAACUCUAUGAGGCACGCUAUAUCAAGACGAAUUCAGCACACUCACACCAAUCCCGGGACAAUUUUGCUAAAAAUUCAACAUAUGACCAGAGUAGCAGAAUUUCUAGAAUGGUUGUAUCUGCUCCCAGCAUCAGCAAUCCUGUGAUCUAUGGAAAAUACCUUAAUGACUUGGGACAAUUACCCUCUGAAGUAAAGCCAGAAGUUCAGCUAGUAGAACUGCCCUUCUUCAGUACCUUGGAUGAAUUGCUGAAACCAACAGAGUUAGUUCCACAGAAUAAUGAGAAGCUUCAGGAGAAUCCUUGCAUUUUUGUACUGACACCAAGACAAGUAGAGCUAAUCAGAAACUCCAGAGAAUUGCAGCCAGGAGUGAAAUCAGUUCAGGUUGUCCUAAGGAUCUGUUAUACAGACACUAGCUGCCCUCAAGAGGAUCAGUACCCUCCCAACAUUACAGUGAAAGUGAAUCAAAACUACUGUUCAGUGCCGGGCUACUAUCCAUCAAACAAACCUGGAGCAGAGCCCAAAAGACCUUGUCGUCCCAUUAAUCUCACAGACCUCAUGUUUCUGUCUUCAGCAACAAACCACAUUACUAUCACUUGGGGAAAUUAUGGAAAGAGCUACUCAUUUGGAUUAUUCCUAGUGCAGCAGUUGACUUCUGCAGACUUGCUGCAAAGAUUGAAAAACAUUGGAAUCAAACCCCCAGAGCUGUGUACAGAAUUUGUAAAAGAGAAACUGCGCUUGGAUCCUGACAGUGAAAUUGCUACCAUCCACGUACGCGUGUCUCUCAUCUGCCCCCUGGUGAAGAUGCGGUUGUCCAUGCCUUGUCGUGCACAGACCUGUGCCCAUCUGCAGUGCUUUGAUGCUGUAUUUUACAUCCAGAUGAAUGAGAAGAAGCCAACUUGGACAUGCCCUGUGUGUGAUAAGCCUGCACCCUUUGAUCAGCUUAUAAUAGAUGGGCUCCUAUCAAAGAUCCUGUCAGAAUGUGAAGACACUAAUGAAAUAGAAUACAUGGUGGAUGGCUCCUGGCGUCCAAUUAGAGCUGAUACAGAGAGAAGUUGCAGCUCUCUGUGCCCCAUUCUGACCCAUGGGAAUAGUGAGAAUGGAAAACCCAGUACUGAUGUGGUGGAUCUUACACUGGACAGUUCAUCCUUGGAAGAGGAGAAUGAGGAAGAAGAGGAUAAUAAUAAUGAAGAGGAUGCUCCCCAGACAAAACGCCCUCGCAUGUACUAAAAAGGUUUAAUGACAGCAUGCUGACUUGUCCAGUGUUACUUCAUUCAUCACGGACUUAAAUAUUCUGGUGCUAACUAAAUUUAGGGAGGUAGUAUUGGAGGAAAUAUGAGAGAACAAGGGAAUUUAGAAGGAAUAAUCCUUUCUCUUCCAUUUCUCUGGGCUGGCCUAAUCAAAACAAGUCACCAAAAAAAAUCUGUUUCCAGAUCCUAGUGCCUGGAGAAGACAGGUGGUACCAAAUAAUGAUAGUCAGGUUCUUGAAAUACCUAUUCUUUUCCCAGAAGGGUUGAUUUUUGCCAUUUGCUCAGUCAAAAUACAGACCAGCUCUAUAUUUUGAUCCUCUGUUUCCUCUCUUCUCAGCUAAGCUUAUUUUUGUCUUGCCAAAAAUCUUCAUUCCUGACUUUGUUCGAGUCUUUCUGGAUCUAGAAAUGAAAGGGGUUAGGGUAGGCAAUGAGGGAGAUUUAACCCCACAAGGUAGGUACAUUCUUUAUGGGGUUGGAGGUGAGGUUGAAGCAAACAACAUCUAAAUUUUAGGAACCUACUAUUUUAAAUAGGAAGGUCUACAGCACUGCACAUCAUGGAGAUGUACCCAUUGUAAUUCCUUUUAAAGUAAAUCUGGAUUCAGUGAAUUCAGUGAUUCCAGUUAAUGAAGUGAACCACUGAGAUGGGAUAAGGGAGAAGUAUUACUGCAAAAAGAGGAAAGUGUUAGGAGGAAAGCCACUGAACAGUUUGUUUCUGGCAGUGCUACUACUUG